AUGGGAGAAGAGGCUAUUGGUGAGAAUUUGGUCUAUGAGGACCAGUUUACUGCCGAAAGGAACAUGAUAGCAUCUGAAGAUGGAAAAAUCGUCUUAGUUCCUCAACCUAGCGAUGACCCUGAUGAUCCGCUUAACUGGAGCUCGGUAAAAAAGCACUCCAUUUUGCUCACCGUUGCAGCAAUUUCAUUCCUACCCAACUAUGGUGCAUGGGGAAUUGCUGUGGAUGAGGUAAAUCAUAGUCAAUCAGGGAACGUAUUCAUGGUUGGGGCGGGUGGCAUUUUCGUCGUUAUCCUUAGUGCCUACUUUGGUCGCCUCCCAGUAUUAUUCUGGUUCACUGUCUUGACCUGCGCAACCGCUAUAUGGUGCACAGCUGCCACGACCUUUGAGUCUUUUAUGGCUGCUCGCAUACUUAAUGGAUUUUUUUCUAGUGUUGGCGAGGCGGGAGGCCUCAUGUUCAUCAAGGAUAUGUUCUUCUUUCACGAGCAUGCGCGCAAGAUCAACAUCUGGGCAUCCCUCGUGAUUAUAUCACCAUAUCUUGGCCCAAUGUUUGGCGCAUUCAUAACGAUUACGCUUAAGUGGCAAUGGGCGUUUGCUAUCUACAGUAUUAUGUCUGGGCUGUGUUUGCUCGCUAUUGUACUUUUUAGCGAUGAAACCUACUACAAUAGGACAAUACCCGCCAGCGAGCAACCGCCACGAGGGUCACGACUCAUGCGUCUCGUUGGAAUCUCACAGUGGCAUAGCCGAAAGCAGCGCAGUACGUUCACCCAGGCCCUCGCGCGACCCUUCUUGAUAAUUAUCCGGCUCCCAGUUUUAAUUGCCUUUACUUCUUAUGUCUUUUCAUUCGCGUGGGUUAUUGGUAUUAAUACUACUCUUGCGAUUUUCCUUGGGUCAGUUUAUAACUUUGGACAAAAACAGAUUGGCUUUUUUUACUUCACUCCUGUCAUCGCACUCAUCCUCAGCGAUGUUUCAGGGCACUGGGCUCAUAAUUGCAUUGCAAAUAUCUACACACGCUUGCAUUCUGGCCAAUACCGUGCAGAAGGCCGUCUCGGUGCGGUGUGGAUCUCAAUGCCCCUUCAAGUUACAGGCCUUAUCGUUCUCGGCUUUGCCCUCCAGCAUCAAUGGCACUACUUUCUCGCUGCAUUAGGCUGGGGAAUGUAUGUUUUUGGAGUCAUGUUUAAUACUGUCGCUAUCAGUGCCUAUUGUCUUGACUCGUAUCCUGAGGCUUCUGGAGAGACGAACGCGUGGCUAAGUUUUGCGCGGACUCUGGGAGGUUUCGUCAUCAGCUAUUUUGAAAUUGAGUGGGUGAACACAAUGGGUGCUGUUAAAGCAUUUGGUACCCAGGCAGGGCUUUGCGGGUUCGCAUUUAUGUUGGUUGUAGGCUUACAGGUGUGGGGGAAGAACUUGAGGGAGUUGAGCGGACAUCCGAGUUUCAAAACAUCCUAG